CCUAAGCCAUAAACUCGAUAAAGGAAAUACGCAAAAACGCAUUAAGGCGGAUAGAAGAAGAUUGAAUACAAUGCAGCGAGAACUUCAUGGUUAGGCGAUUGACGGCGGAAUUCUUCAAUCAACCUAUGAGCGCUAAACUAUCAUAAUUGGCGAGACAGCGCCCAUUUCUCCAUACAUCGCUACGAUUUUUUUCCCAUGGACAAGGCAGCGCAGAGGACUUCAACAGUGGUGUGAACUACGGCAGCGUACGGACGAUGCCGCCACAAGUGAAACAGAGGAAGAGCUGGACGGCGACGCAGAAGUGAUCGGCAGCCAGCAACAAGAAGAAAAAUUGAAGGAAGGAAACACUAGGAAAUAAGAAAAUGUUAUAUAGGCUAUCUAGGGAUGGCAAUAAGGAAGACAGACUCCGUAUGAAGAUAAUGAAAUGGAUUUCACUAUGGCUCAUAGUGAGCGAUAUCUGCAUCUCCCUCUUGCAAAUCAAGAAGGGAGCAAUCCUAAAUGAACAUGGUCAUGUGAAGAUGAUACACGACAUAGCGGUUGUAACUAUCAACAUCACAGCUGUCGACGAGCAGCAACAGGAACUUACUAGUUUAAUAAGAAAAAUUGAAAGUGUCAUGUCUACUAACCAGAACAAUUCUAUUUUGUUAAAGCUUAGGGAGGAUAUCAGUCAAGUGUUACCCAAGAGAAUUAAGAAAAGAUCCUUGUUGCCAUUCAUUGGCACAGCCUUAAACACUUUGUUCGGUGUAGCUACUGAUGGUGAUGUAGAUAAAGAUAGGGCUAGAAUAGAAAAAUUAGAAAUGUGGGCCGCAGAACGAGGUACCAUCAUGACUAAAGUCAUUGAUGCAACUAACAAGAACCAGAAUUUGAUUGUUAAACUAAAGGACUUUGUUAACAGUAUAGCUCAGAAUAUUACUACAGAGAUAAAUGACUUAAACAAGUCACAGUUUGUGACCCAAUUGUUGUUUGAAACAGAAACCUUUUUGUUAAAUCAUAAGGAACUUUUGAAUGCAGUAAUGUUAGCCGCUAAAAACAUUUUAUCACCAUACCUCAUCAGUCCUAGUGAGUUACACCUUGUAAUUGAAAAAUGUAUGUUAGAUCAUCACUUCAAACCGCUUGUGCAAGAUGUUCUUACUUACUAUAGCUUGAUAAGCGUGAAAAGAGUUUCUGAUCACAUUGUAUUAGUGAUACCAUUCAACAAUAAUGAAGUUAAUAACUUGAUAUCCAUUUAUAUACCCUUUUCCAAUGCUAGUAAACAACAAGUCGAUUGUUUUGAACCAAGACAUAGUACAUUUUGCAUUGCAACAAAAUUCACUUCUGUUGGUGAAACUAAGUGACAAAGAUUUUGAUAAUUGUAUCAUGCUUGAAGCCAAUGAGUUUGUUUGCAAUAUACAGAGCUUUUAUGAGCCACUUAACAAAUUGUAUUGCAUAGAUGAUUUAAUUAAUGACAGGAAUGGUGAGUAUAACUGUGAGUAUAUCUCUUACAGUCCUGAUUUCAAAGCUCAAAUUUUGUAUGAUGAAAUGGUAGGGUUUUCAUAGAAUCAAGUAACAGCUAAGGUCACUUGUAGGAAUAAUCAAUCUCAGAUAAUGUUUAAUAACAUAAAAUCCUUUGUGACAUCUUGUGAAGUAGUUAUUUUGAAUUAUUUGUACUACAAGCCUACCAUUUUUGCUUCUUACACCUUAAAUUUAUCUAGGCAUAUCAAUAAUUUUGAUAAUGUCAAAGAUUUCAAAUUGUCCAAGCUUGAGUUAGAAUCAUUUGACAAACUUGAAGCAGCUAAUCAAUUUUUCCAUAUGUACAAGACUGACAUUUCCCCUAUCAUGUCCAUGAUAAAUAUUGUUUUGUUAGCACUCACCAUAGUUGCUUUCAUAUGUAUUGUCAGAGUGUUAGUUGUUAACAAGCUCAACACCAUUAAGGCUUUACUGAAAAAUUUGCCUUCAAGUAACUGAUAUACUAGCAUUAUUGUAUAUAUAUAUAACCAUUUUUUAUUACUUUCAACAUUGUAUUUUUUAUAUGUAAUCAUUUUUAUAAAUUUAGGCAUUGAGGUCACUGCCAGUAGGUGGCCGAGUGUUGUUAGGAAACAACAAGAGUCUGUUCAGAAUAUAGCUAGGGAAAAUUUAGUUAGGAAAACCACUGGUAGAAUAUAUAUAGUGAAAGUAGAGUGAUGAAGGAUCUACCAGAAGUUAAGGUAGAAAAGGGAGUAGAUGUGUACAGCAUAAGUCUGCACGAAUAGCAGUUUCGUAAACCAGACUAAAACAUUGGCACAUGUUUUUGAAAAUAGUAAAAUGCAAACCGCACCAGAAAAUAUGAACUUUGACUCCCUCAGUGGGUGAUUACCGUCGAGGGACGAAACCAAUCAGACGAAUCUAGAGGUGGCACCGGAAGUAAGGAGAGCCAUUCAUGAAGAAGUAGGAUGUGUCCUAGAGAGUAGUUAAGGAGGAGCUAAUUGAAUCAGUUAGGUCCAAACUUCAUUUGAAGUAAGAGAGAAAGACAGUUCAGAACCAGUCCUUAUACGGGGAGGCUGUGUUCCUUCUCACUCUGUUCCAUUUAGUGUGAUAGUGUUGUGUAAAGUGAACUUUGUCCUUUAUCUAAUA